AUGAUCAGAGCUAGUGUUAAAGUGGCCAAGCCGUUGGUCUCAGGCUACAGUAAGCGCUCUUUGAGCUUUGCCACCCCUCAAUUUGGUGGUCUUCUGCAGCCCAGAAACUCGCUGGUGCUACAGUGCCAAAGAUCUGCGGCCGCUUGCAGAUUUCAGUCCACAGUGGUCAAAGUGCCUCCUAUGGCCGAGUCGUUGACUGAGGGAUCUUUGAAAGAGUUUACAAGACAGGUCGGUGAGUUUAUUCAACAGGAUGAGCUCCUGGCAACCAUUGAGACCGAUAAGAUCGAUGUGGAGGUCAACGCCCCAACAAGCGGAACAGUCACAAAACUAAACUUCCAACCGGAAGAUACGGUGACGGUGGGCGACGAUCUUGCCGAAAUUGAAGCCGGUGAGGCUCCCGCCGCGGGCCAGGCCCAAGAGAAGGCCAAAGAGGAACAGCCAGCCAAGCCCCAGGCAGAAGAACAAAAACCUGCCACCGAGCAGACUUCAAAGCCUGAGCCUAAACAGGAGGAAACCAAAAAAUCGGCUCCAACCCCUGCACCAGCUGCUCAACCAAAGAAGGAAUCGGCUCCAAAAGCGGAAUCUGAGGCCGCCAAGAGCACCGCUAGCUUUUCUCGCUCUGAGCAAAGAGUGAAAAUGAACCGUAUGCGUUUGAGAAUCGCCGAAAGAUUAAAGGAAUCUCAAAACUCCGCAGCUUCGCUUACGACUUUCAACGAAUGCGAUAUGUCCGCCUUGAUGGACAUGCGCAAACUGUAUAAGGACGAAAUCAUCAAGAAGACCGGCAUCAAGUUCGGCUUCAUGGGUCUGUUUGCCAAAGCUUGCACAUUGGCUGCCAAAGACGUGCCUACCGUCAACGCUGCCAUCGAUGGCGACCAGAUUGUGUACCGUGAUUACACUGAUAUUUCCAUCGCUGUGGCCACUCCAAAGGGUUUGGUGACUCCAGUGGUUCGUAAUGCCGAGUCCAUGUCUGUCUUGGACGUGGAAGAGGAAAUUAGCCGUUUGGGUAAGAAGGCUCGUGACGGGAAAUUGACUCUUGAAGACAUGGCCGGCGGCACUUUCACAAUCUCCAACGGUGGUGUUUUCGGUUCGCUAUAUGGCACUCCAAUCAUCAACAUGCCUCAAACUGCUGUGCUAGGUUUGCACGGUGUUAAGGAGAGACCUGUUACAGUCAACGGCCAAGUUGUCUCAAGACCAAUGAUGUACUUGGCCUUGACCUACGACCACAGACUUUUGGAUGGAAGAGAAGCAGUCACUUUCUUGAAGACUGUCAAGGAGUUGAUCGAGGACCCCAGAAAAAUGAUGCUUAUGUAA